AUGUCAAUCUCAGUAUCAGUCUUAACACUGAGCGCCAUCGCCGUGGAAAGAUAUUACGCCAUUUGCCAUCCACUGAAGUUCCAGGCAACCAUCAAACGAACGAAACUGUUCAUUCUUCUCAUCUGGAUUGUCUCUAUAAUUGUGGCUAUGCCAGAAUACAUUACGGUUGACACUUUCAGAACAACAAAACUAGAAACCCAUUUGUUCAUGGCCUGUGCUUCGAUUAUAAGUGAAAGACUGCGUGCCAUCUUUCAAACCAUCAUCCUCAUUUUUUUAUUUCUUCUGCCAUUGUUCUUGAUUGGAAUUGCCUACGUGAAAAUAGCGUUGAACCUGUGGAGAGGAACGGAUGGGAUUGAGUGCUCAUUGGAAAUGAAGCAGAAGGAGACGAAAUCAUCGAAGCAGCGCUGCCGCUUGUUGUCCAAAUGUGCGUCAGAAAAAUAUGAGAACGAUUACAAUGACAGGAUGCCGGAAAUUACGAGGAACAGCAUAAUGACGUCAUCAUUUCAUCAAGAACACAACAUUAAUAACAACAUCAUCACCACCAACAACGUCAACAAGAUGGAUAACUACGACAUUACAAACACUAUCGGUGGUGCAGACUGCAACAGCAAAACAACGUCAUGUUUUUCAAAGAAUUCUCCUAAGCUGAGUUGGAAACCAAACUUGAACAAGAUCAUUUUCAAGAAAUCUUCAAAACUGACUCAGCAAGAUGCACUGAACAAUCCUAACGAACAUUCCACCGGGAAAGAUUUUAGUACAUCGUAUGAAACAAGCAACAUUGAUGCAACAUCACGCUCACAACAAUUCAAACCAGCCAACUUUGCGGCUACGGUAGCAUCAACUCACAACACAUCAACCAACAACAACAUCCACGGCAAAAUGAACAACAAAAACUGCGCUAAAAACGCUAAUGACAAUUCUUCCUGUGACGCAAGCCACCGCAGCAUAGGAACGCACUGCAUGAACAGCAGUUCCAAAAACCAGCUGAUGUCGAGAAGAAAAGUAGCGAAGAUGCUCAUCAGCGUCGUCGUCAUGUUCUUCGUUUGCUACUUGCCAAUUCAAGUCUACAAUAUUCUCAGAUACGCUAUGAGAAGUUCUGUGAUUCUGAACAGAUCUGAACUUCCAAUGGUGGCCCAGUGGCUCUGCUACUUCAACAGUUGCGUCAACCCCCUCAUCUACAACUUCAUGAGUGGCAAGUUCAGGAAGGCAUUCAAACGUGUGCUGACGUGUAACAGGUCCACACCGAGAAACCCAAUGCUUGUGCUCAGGAAGAAUGCUACUUCGAGAACCGCCCCCAGUGAUGCUGUUAACACCAACAUCAAUAGAAAUAACAUCAACAACAACAACAACAAAAACAACAUUAAUGCUAAUAAUAACAUCAAAAAUAUUAAUGUUAAUGUCGAUAAUGUUGUCCUUAAUGUAACGCCUGACAACAGGUCCAACAUCGGCGACGAUGACACUAAUGUAAUAGUGGCUGAUAUCCGACAAAAUGGCUUCAACGCCGAUUAUGAUGAAGAAUUUGUUAGUAAUUAA